UGAUGAGAAAACAUAGUAGGGAACACCGUCCGUAGAAAGGUAGAAAACGGCUUGGAAACACCGUCAUACCAUUUAUAGAAACUCAAUUUCUGAAUCUUUCGUCCGAACUAUGCUUUGUUUUUUCUUUCCUUUUAUAGCAACUAAACACUUCCCACCAAAUUCUUUAACUGCUUUCACUUCACUUCACACCUCAGAUGUCUCUUUUUUCGUCAAUUUUAUGAAACAAGGUUUCGUCACCUUCGAGGAUUUUAAGGCUUCAAGAAUGCUGGUAACAAAGAAGCAAUUCUUGUGAAUUUUUUUACGUAGAGGAACCCUAAAUUUUGUUAUACUUCAAUCGGUUUUCAUCUCUAAUCUAAGUAUGGAGUACCCUUUUUAUCCUAAGGGAAGAGGAUUUGGGUAUUGGCAGUCUCCGGGAACUGAGAUGGAAGGAUCAGCAUCAUUAGAUGGUGGAAUCAGCAAUUUGGUGUCAGAGGAUAUGCCUAGCAGCUUCUCCGAGCUCAUGAAUUUUGAUAAUUAUGCUGGUUUGUAUUCUGGCCCAUCCAUGACUGAUCAGAUUAUGGCUAAUGAGCUUUCAUCUCUUGCCUCGGUAUUAUAUCAAUCACCGGAUGGAUUCAAUCCAGUUGAACAGAACUGUGGGCAAUUCUAUAUGCCAGGAGUUAGUGGAAAUUACAAUAAUUUGGAUAGCUCCCCCGUUUUUGCGGAGAAAGUUGUGCGUCAGAAAAUGGACACCCUACGUGGUUUUUUAGACAACAACAACAAUGAUGCAAAUAACUUAAGUUCUAAGCAAAAAAUCAACGACUCUACGCAGCGUGUUAAUACUUUGUCACUUGAUGAAAAAAUGCUGAAAGCUUUGUCCUUCUUUAAAGAAUCAGCUGGUGGGGGAAUAUUGGCACAAGUUUGGGUACCCAUAAAGCAUGAUGGUCAAAUCUUCUUAAGCACUAGUGAGCAACCUUAUUUACUAGAUCAAAUGCUUGCAGGGUAUCGUGAAGUGUCGAGGACAUUUAUAUUUUCUACAGAAGGAAAACCAGGCUGUUUACCGGGACUUCCUGGUCGUGUUUUUAUCUCCAAAGUUCCUGAAUGGACUUCCAAUGUUGGUUAUUACAAUCCAAGUGAGUACUUGAGGGUUGAACAGGCAAGAAAUCACGAUGUUCGUGGAUCAAUUGCUUUUCCCAUAUUUGAUCUGCACUCUGGAAUGCCAUGUUGUGCUGUCUUGGAACUUGUCACCACGAAGGAAAAGCUUGAUUUUAACAGAGAAUUGGAAAUUAUUUGUCGUUCACUUCAGCUUGUAAAUUUAAGGACUACUGUGCCUAUUCGGCUGCUUCCCGAGUGUCUUUCGACCAAUAAAAGAGCUGCUUUAACAGAGAUAAUUGAUGUGUUACGAUCUGUGUGUCAUGCACAUAGAUUGCCACUGGCACUAACAUGGAUUCCUUGUUUUCACACUGAGGGCACAAGAGAAGAAACUACUAGAAUACAAAUUAAAGAGGGCAAUUCAAGUUGUAAAGAGAAAAGCAUACUGUGUAUUGAAGAGUCAGCUUGCUAUAUAACUGAUAGAGUGAUGGAAGGAUUUGUGCGUGCAUGCAUUGAACAUCCUCUUGAGGAAGGGAAAGGUGUAGCUGGGAAAGCUCUUCAAUCAAAUCACCCUUACUUCUAUUCUGACGUGAAAACAUAUGAUAUCAGCGAGUACCCGCUUGUUCAUCAUGCACGGAAGUUCAAUUUGAAUGCUGCAGUUGCAAUCAGGCUAAGGAGUAUCUAUACUAAUGAUGAUGAUUACAUAUUGGAAUUCUUUCUGCCUAUCAAUAUGAAAGGGAGUUCAGAGCAGCAACUUUUAUUAGACAACCUCUCGGGUACCAUGCAGAGAAUUUGUAAGAGUUUGAGGACAGUUUCAGGUGCUGAACUGUCAGGAAUAGAAUGUAAACAUGCGGGGUUUGGAAACAAAAAUGUCCCGAGUUUUCCCCCCUCGUCCACGAGAAAUUCUCAGAUACCUUUAAAUGAAAACCAUAGCUCUGUCCAGAAGCUGUCGUCGGAGGCUUCAGACCUGAGAAACAGUGGAAAAGAGCCUUCUAACCAGGAAAAAAAUGGAUCGAAAAGGCGAGCUGAGAAAAGUAGAACCACAUCAGAGAAGAAAGUUAGCUUGGGUGUUCUCCAGCAAUACUUUUCUGGUAGUCUGAAGGAUGCUGCAAAAAGCAUUGGUGUUUGCCCGACAACUCUGAAAAGGAUAUGCAGGCAUCACGGAAUUUCAAGAUGGCCAUCCCGCAAGAUUAAUAAAGUGAAUCGUUCUUUGAAGAAAAUUCAGACUGUGCUUGACUCUGUUCAGGGAGUUGAAGGCGGGUUAAAGUUUGAUCCUUCCAUGGGGGCAUUUGUGGCAGGAGGGACAACCAUCCAAGAAAUUGAUGAAAGUAAAAAUCUCCUUUUCCAGGAGAAAAGUACUACACAAGAUUCUGAGCCUAUUUCAGAAGAUGCUGCCUCGGUGCCUCCUGCACUUUGUAGUGAAGGUGAGAAUUCGGCAAAUAAGUUGGAUAGACAAUUGAAGGGAACCAACGCAUCUAUGAUUGAUUGCAGUGAAGAUUCAAAAUCAUUUGCAAUGCAUGAUUUUCCUGAACAAGCUUGUUUUAGUUCUGUUCUUGCAAAAGGUAAUGCUAUUGGCCAGAUAAACUCCUUUGUUGCUGAUGACAUGGACAGUGGCGCGGAUGGGGACGAUGAAGUUGUUGAACGCAGCAAUCCUACGUCUUCGAGCUUGACAGACUCAUCUAGUGGCUCGGGUUCAAUCAUGCACGAGAGUUCAUCUAGUUACCAGAACUUUAAGAACCAGAAGCAGUCCAAAGCCAAAUCAACCAUCGUUGAUAGCAGGUCAAAAAUCACUGUGAAAGCUACCUAUGGAGAAGACACCAUUCGCUUCAAGUUUGAUCCAUUCACAGGUUGUUUUAAACUAUAUGAAGAAGUUGCAGCAAGAUUCAAACUGCAAUACGGGACCUUCCAGCUCAAAUAUCUAGAUGAUGAAGAAGAAUGGGUGAUGUUAGUAAACGACUCGGAUUUGCAAGAGUGUUUAGAAAUAUUGAAUGAUAUGGGGACACGGAAUGCAAGGUUUCUUGUUCGUGAUAUGCCUUGAGUUUUAGGCAGCUCCGGCAGUAACAGUUGCUACAUAGGAGGCAGCUCAUAGCAUAUCAUCAUAUUAGAUGAUAAACAGCUUCAAUGCGACAAUUCAACUUUUUGAUGAUAUUUUCACAAUCUUAUGGAGGUUCUGCAUCCCAAAGGAGUUUGAAUUUUAGGAAUACUAGUCUCCAUGCUUAUUAGCUAAAACCAUCCAAUAUUGUCAUUACCGAGCAGUCUCUUGAAACAUUCGGCUUGAAUGAUGAAUCUAGUGAGCUUUGGCACCAUGAUAAGGUUAAAGGUCGCGGGUUCAAAUCUUGACAACAGUUUCGCUUGCUUGCAGGGUAAGACUGUGCGUAUUUACUCUCUCAAAACUCCACCUGAUGAGAGCUUUAUUCACAGGGCUGUCUCUUAUAGUGCUGUAUACAUUGAACACACAAAUAGCAGAAACACAGAAACUCAUAGUAGUACUGAGGACUGAGGUAAAUGGUUCUGCAGUGUUGGAAUGUAAUGUCGGUUUGUUGUAUAUAUUUCCCAAGAGAUGUUAUAUUUAAAAUAUGAUAACAAUACAUACAAAAAAAAAAGUGUACAGAUAUGUUGUAUGAAGAAAAUAUCCGAAUCAUGAAUUAUGGAGUGACAAAUUUGACGAUUA